UAAACAGUUAGUCAUUCCUAGCAUUUAAUCUACCAACAACCAGCAUAAGGCUUGCUGUCAGUUGGCUAUAAUGUUGACAAGCAGCUUCCAUUCUACUUAGUAGUCAGUGUAUGGACUAUGAGCAGUCAUGGCAUUUCAAGAGAUCUUGAUGAGAAUUGGGGGCAUGGGACGUUACCAGAUAAUACAUGUCAUUCUGCUAUCCCUGCCUGUGUUCAUGCUAGCCAGCCAUAACCUCUUGCAGAAUUUCACCGCAGCAAUUCCGAAACAUCGCUGUAAACUCAAUGAUUCCUGGGAGGAUGGCAAUUUUACUGGGAUUUGGGUGGAAACCUUUAUUCCAGUUGAGUCUAAUGGAAAACCGUCUAGAUGCUUCCGCUAUACCAGCCCCCAAUUCCAUGUGCCUAAUGUAACCUCUUCAAGUAACACAAGUGAUGCAGAAAAAGAGCCAUGUAUAGAUGGAUGGGUCUAUGAUGACAGUGAGUACUCAUCUACUAUCAUCACACAGUGGGAUCUGGUCUGCAGUCAUCGCAGAAUGAGACAACUGGCUCAGUCCAUUUACAUGUCAGGAGUUCUGGUUGGGUCCAUUAUAUUUGGAGGUCUCUCAGACAAGUUUGGUCGCAGACCUUUACACAUAUGGUCAAACCUUCAAAUGUUUGUGAGUGGAAUAUGUGCAUCCGUUGCUCCCAAUUACAUCCUAUACUGUGUGUUCCGAUUCCUGACUGGAGCAUCUCUCUCUGGAAUUGUUCUCAACUCAUAUUCUCUGAUUGUGGAGUGGAUUCCCACUGAAUCACGAGCCUUCACCAGCACAGCCACUGGAUACUGUUACACAAUGGGUCAGCUGGUCCUGGUGGGAUUGGCUUAUCUAAUUCAGGAUUGGCGCAUGUUGCAGUUGGCUGCAUCCAUCCCCUUCUUCAUCUACUUUUUAUAUUCAUGGUGGCUCCCUGAAUCCAGUCGCUGGCUUGUUCUCACUGGGAAGUAUGAGCAGGCCAUUAAAGACCUGAAGAAAGUGGCAAGAAUUAAUGGAAAGACAGAGGAGGUGGAGAAACUUACUGUGGAGGUACUUAAAUAUGACAUGAAAAGAGAAAUUAAUGCUGCUUGUAAGGCUAAUUAUACUGUGUUAGAUCUGAUAAGGACUCCUGUGGUUCGUCGCAUAUCCAUUUGUAUAAGUUGCACUUGGUUCAGUACCAGUUUUGCCUACUAUGGUCUUGCCAUGGACCUUCAGAAAUUUGGGUUCAGCAUAUAUAUCAUUCAAGUCAUUUUUGGCUCUGUAGACAUCCCAGCCAAGUUUUUCUCUUUUUUUGUGAUGACUUAUAUUGGGCGUCGUGUUCUUCAGGUCUCUACUUUAAUUUUAGCUGGUGCUGCAAUUUUAGUGAAUAUCUUUCUUCCUGGAGACUAUCAUACUGCACGAUUUGCAAUGGUCGUGUUUGGGAAAGGAUGUCUUGCAGCUGCAUUUAACUGCGUGUUCUUAUUCACAGGGGAAUUAUACCCAACUGUCAUCAGGCAGACUGGCAUGGGGCUGGGAACUAUGAUGGCACGCUUGGGAGGAAUUGUUGCUCCGCUCGUUCAGAUGACUGCAGAUUAUUAUCACCACCUCCCCCUCAUUAUCUUUAGCCUGUGUGCUAUACUUUCUGGGGUUGCAACUUCUCUACUUCCAGAGACACUUGGUGUGCCUCUCCCUGAGACCAUACAGGAUGUGGAAAGAACUGAUCAUAAAGAUAAGGGGACCAAAAGUGCUGAGGAGAUGGCUCUGAAGAACACUGAGUAUGACACAAUAAAUGGGAAAUCCUAAGACUGCCCAUUUUUCACCCAUGGCAAUACCAAACAGCUGAAA